AUGAAACAUGUUAAUUCACUUACUGAUGAUAUAUUGUAUCAUGCAUAUCAACAGUUACAAAAUCCUGAACUACAACUUACAGAUCAUGAAAUCAAAAAUGAUAUAUUGCAGCAAUUAGAAAAUAUUCUUUCACAGCAAUACAAGACACUAAAAGAUUUUCCAAAUAUGCCUUGCUCAGAAUCUGUAUGUGAAUUUGAAAACUAUACUUCUGAAGCUAUUAUGCAAAGAGAGUUUGCUAAUUGGCUAUUAAUGAUUAGUGAAAGACAAAUAUCUGGAAUUACGCCAAAUAGCAGUUACAUAAAAUUACCACAAAGCAUCGCUAUAUAUGAUGAAUCUUAUUAA